CGUGCGUGUGUGUGAGAGGAGCGGGCGGGCCGGCGGUAUAUAGAGGAUGUGCCGCCGCAUGGCUCGCCCCGGCCGCUGCCGCGCCAGCUCCUUGGGCCAGCGCCAGUGAAGCCUCUCGCCCUCGCCGCCCGGGCGGCCGCCUCCCUGCCCGCUGCAGGCGCCUCUGCCGGCCUCUCUCCCGGGUUUCCGGCGCCCCGGCGUCCCUCCUGCCGCGGCCGCUUCCCGCGGCUUCUCCGCGCCGGGGCAGAGCGAGCGCGUCCAUGCGGUGCAGAUGGCCGGGGCACAGCCAGGGGUGCACGCUCUGCAGCUCAAGCCCGUCUGCGUCUCCGAAACCCUCAAGAAAGGCGUCAAAUUCGUCAAGUGGGACGAUGACUCCACAGUUGUGACUCCAAUUAUCCUCAGAACAGACCCACAGGGAUUUUUCUUCUACUGGACAGAUCAAAAUAAGGAGACUGAGCUGCUGGAUAUCAGCCUUGUCAAAGAUGCCAGAUGCGGAAAACAUGCCAGAGCUCCCAAGGAUCCGAAGCUGCGCGAGCUGCUGGAUGCAGGGAACGCGGGAGGCCGGCUGGAAAAUCGGAUGAUAACUGUGGUGUACGGCCCAGACCUGGUCAAUAUAUCCUACUUGAACCUGGUGGCAUUCCAAGAUGAUAUAGCAAAGGAAUGGUCAGAUGAAGUGUUCAGUUUGGCAACAAAUCUGUUGGCACAGAACAUGUCAAGGGACGCGUUUCUGGAAAAAGCCUACACAAAACUCAAGCUACAGGUGACUCCAGAGGGGCGCAUUCCUCUGAAGAACAUAUACCGCUUGUUCUCCUCCGACAGAAAGCGGGUGGAGACCGCGCUAGAGGCCUGUAACCUUCCCUCUUCCAGGAAUGAUUCAAUCCCUCAAGACGACUUCACGCCAGAAGUGUACAGAGUGUUCUUAAACAACCUCUGCCCUCGGCCUGAGAUCGACCACAUCUUUUCCGAGUUUGGUGCCAAGAGCAAACCCUACCUUACUGUUGAUCAGAUGAUGGACUUUAUAAAUUUGAAGCAACGGGAUCCACGAUUAAAUGAGAUCCUUUACCCACCGCUCAAACAAGAACAAGUUCAAGUGCUGAUUGAGAAGUACGAACCCAACAGCAACCUAGCAAAGAAAGGACAGAUAUCCGUGGAUGGAUUUAUGCGGUAUCUGAGUGGAGAAGAGAACGGCGUCGUUCCACCCGAGAAACUGGAUUUAAAUGAAGAUAUGUCUCAACCACUGUCACACUACUUCAUCAACUCCUCACACAACACCUACCUCACAGCUGGACAGCUGGCUGGCAACUCCUCGGUGGAGAUGUACCGGCAGGUGCUGCUGUCGGGCUGCCGCUGCGUGGAGCUGGACUGCUGGAAGGGACGGACCGCGGAGGAGGAGCCCGUCAUCACUCACGGCUUCACCAUGACCACAGAGAUAUCCUUCAAGGAAGUAAUAGAAGCUAUUGCUGAAUGUGCAUUUAAGACAUCGCCCUUCCCAAUCCUCCUUUCCUUUGAAAACCACGUGGAUUCCCCUAAACAACAGGCAAAAAUGGCAGAGUACUGCAGGUUAAUAUUUGGAGAUGCACUGCUUAUGGAUCCAUUGGAAAAAUACCCGCUGGAAGCUGGUGUUCCUCUGCCAAGCCCUAUGGAUUUAAUGUACAAAAUCCUGGUGAAGAAUAAGAAGAAGUCUCACAAGUCAGCAGACGGGAGUGCGAAGAAGAAGCUGUCAGAGCAAGCUUCCAACACUUGCAGUGAUACAUCCAGCAUGUUUGAGCCUUCCUCCCCUGGAGCAGGAGAAGCAGACAUGGAGAGCGACGAUGAUGAUGACUACGAUGAUGACUGUAAGAAGUCGUCGAUGGAUGAAGGUACUGCUGGAAGUGAGGCUAUGGCCACGGAAGAGAUGUCUAACCUGGUAAACUACAUUCAGCCUGUGAAGUUUGAGUCAUUUGAAGUAUCAAAAAAACGCAACAAAAGCUUCGAAAUGUCUUCCUUUGUGGAAACCAAAGGACUUGAGCAACUUACAAAGUCUCCUGUGGAAUUUGUGGAAUACAACAAAAUGCAGCUGAGCCGGAUUUACCCAAAGGGAACACGAGUAGACUCUUCCAACUACAUGCCACAGGUCUUCUGGAAUGCUGGCUGCCAGAUGGUCGCCCUCAACUUCCAAACCGUAGAUUUGUCUAUGCAAAUAAACAUGGGAAUGUACGAGUACAAUGGCAAGAGUGGAUACAGGUUAAAGCCAGAAUUCAUGAGAAGGCCAGACAAGCACUUUGAUCCGUUCACUGAAGGCAUAGUGGAUGGAAUAGUAGCCAACACUCUGUCUGUCAAGAUAAUUUCAGGUCAGUUCCUUUCUGAUAAAAAAGUUGGUACCUAUGUGGAAGUGGACAUGUUUGGCCUGCCUGUGGAUACCAGGAGAAAGGCUCUGAAGACCAAGACCUCUCAAGGCAACGCAGUGAAUCCAGUCUGGGAGGAGGAAGCCAUAGUGUUUAAGAAGGUGGUUUUGCCUUCCCUGGCCUGCUUAAGGCUAGCAGUGUAUGAGGAAGGAGGGAAAUUCAUUGGCCAUCGGAUAUUGCCCGUCUCAGCAAUUCGACCAGGCUAUCACUACAUCUGCCUGAGGAACGAGAGGAACCAGCCUUUGACGCUGCCAGCUCUCUUUGUGUACAUCGAGGUCAAAGACUACGUCCCUGACACUUAUGCAGAUGUGAUUGAGGCCUUGUCCAAUCCAAUCAGAUACGUAAACCUGAUGGAGCAGAGAGCUAAGCAGCUGGCUGCACUGACUCUGGAAGAUGAGGAGGAGGUCAAGAAAGAGAUUGACCAUGGGGAUGCACCGUCAGAAGCUAACAAUGAACCCAGGCCAACACCAGCAGAAAAUGGGGUAAAUUUCACUGCCUCCCUCACACCGAAACCAGCAACUCAGGUUGUCCACAGCCAGCCAGCACCAGGUUCUGUGAAAGCACCUGCAAAGACAGAAGAUCUUAUCCAGAGUGUCCUCACAGAAGUGGAAGCACAGACCAUUGAGGAGCUAAAACAACAGAAGUCCUUUGUUAAACUUCAAAAGAAGCACUACAAGGAAAUGAAGGACCUGGUGAAGAGGCACCACAAGAAAACCACGGACCUGAUCAAAGAGCACACGGCAAAGUACAACGAGAUCCAGAACGACUACCUGCGGCGGAGAGCAGUGCUGGAGAAAACUGCAAAGAGGGACAGCAAGAAAAGGUCCGAGACGAGCAGCCCCGACCACAGCUCCUCCACCAUCGAGCAGGAGCUGGCUGCGCUGGACUCCGAGAUGACCCAGAAGCUGGUGGAGCUGAAGGAGAAGCAGCAGCAGCAGCUGCUGAACCUCAGGCAGGAGCAGUAUUACAGUGAGAAGUACCAGAAGCGGGAGCACAUCAAGCUGCUGAUUCAGAAGCUGACAGAUGUAGCAGAGGAGUGUCAGAACAACCAGCUAAAGAAACUGAAAGAAACAUGUGAAAAAGAAAAGAAGGAACUGAAGAAAAAAAUGGACAAGAAGAGGCAGGAGAAGAUCACAGAAGCAAAGUCGAAGGAUAAAAAUCAAAUGGAAGAGGAGAAGACGGAGAUGAUCCGGUCCUACAUCCAGGAGGUGGUGCAGUACAUUAAGAGGCUAGAAGAUGCUCAGAGUAAAAGGCAGGAGAAACUUGUAGAAAAACACAAGGAGAUUCGUCAGCAAAUACUGGAUGAAAAGCCUAAGAGCAUAGAAGAACAAGAAGUAGAGGAAAAACAGAAGUAGAAAUGGAAUAUGAGACUAUAGUGAAACAUCCAAAAUAUGGACAGCACAUUAAAAAAGGACCAGCUAAGAAGCUCUAUUUGAGCUCUGUCACUUGAGUUAUUUAUCCUGGAUCCACCCCAAUAAACUAAGAGCAGUAUCUGCUGAUAGAUGAGACUUCAGGGGAGUUUCUCUGGAUUUAUUGCAUUGAAACUGAGCAGAUUCUCCUUUGCUUACAGUGAAGAUAGCUUACUCUAGUGAUGAUGAAAAAGAGCAGAAUCUCAGCAUCUACCCUUAAAAUGCCCAUGGAAUGGGGAUUUUUUUUUUCCUGUUCCUUCUAGCUCAAAUUCUUUUAUUCAUAUACAUCAUGAGGUGCACAGGUCAUGCGUUUAUGGAGUUGUCUAAGAGCCACUUGACAGCUUAAGAAAGCAUUUUAUCCACAAAAGCAAAUUGUUACAUGAAAUAAUCAUCAGAAAAAGGAGUAAUUCCAAGUAUGCAGCUUGCAAGGCACAGAGCAGGGCUUUGCAUGAGAAUAAACUGCCAUACUUUUGAAGGAACAGAAAACAAAUUACUGUGAAGAAAAUCCUCCCACAGAAUUCAGUACAAACUCUUUCUUUAAAUAAUUUCUUUAAAGAAAAUGCAAGAGAUCUGGAAUUGCUGCUAAUAACACAAUUACCCCUACCCCUGUAGGAAAAGGUCACCAGUUCAGGCUUUUGCUGUAAGGUCCUUCUGUAACCCAGAGGGUUUCAGCAGAAAUAUUGUAGGGUGUAUGUGUGUCUAAUAUGUGUAUAACCUGGGCAGCCCUGAAGGGCAAUCUCACCACCCAAACAUUUAUCUUUAAUCAGUUAUUGGAGCAAAGGUUGGUUUCCUACACAGAAGGUAGAUAUGAGUUGCCUCUAAACGUUAAAAUCCAGGCGCCCAGGUCCCGGUUUCCUCGCAGUGCCAUUGGUUUGACUGAGGUUGCAGUUAAUAAAGGCAGAGACAGAUAUUGAUGGAGGCCCCAAGGUCACAGUCCAGUGCCUUGAGACAGCAGAUGUGAAAGGGACUUGUACCUCGGGGAGGCAGAGCACAUCACCUUUGCUUCAGCAGGAAGAGACUGAGCUGAACCAUGGCAGAUAAGGGAGGCAGGUGGAGGGGGAGUGUCUGUACCAGGGGAGAUAACACGGGAUGUGUACCCACUCCGUGCCUUGGGAUGCGCUCCAGGUGAUUGCUGGUGAUGUUCUCAAAGACAGUGUCUGGACUGUUGGCAUGGGAAGGCAGAGGGGCAAUGGUGGAGCAAAACUAGAGCUGAGCCAGCGGCGCUGCCCUCAGGAAAACAGCAGGGAGACUUUGUGGGGUGGUGAGAUCGGCCUGAUGACCUCGUGAGAAGGACUAGGGGAGCAUCACCUUCAGGUAGGGAGGCAGAGAAGGCACCUGGGAAUUGGUGUGCCUAGUGUCUCUCAUGGUCUGGAAAGUAACCAUUGUUUGAAAAUGCAGAGAUGUCCUUGUGUGAGGACAGGAGUGGUUCAUGGGAGCUUUCCAGCCGGCAUGAAGACAUUGCCCGCUGUUGUUUACCUGGUGCCGUGCUGCUCCUGUGCCACCUCAGAUACCAAGUGCCCUUAGGCUCCCUUUAAUGAUUGCUCACUCCCACAUCUUCUGAGAGGAAACCUUGUCUACCUGAAUACUUUCAUCUCAGGGUUAGCAGUGUUGUCCUUAUACCGUAUUAAGCCCAAAUGUUAACAUUGUUGGCACAUCCCUUUAUGCACUUCCUUGAUGCCCCUGGGAGAAAAAAGGAGCAUUUAGGUGCUGUGUGCACGUGCAGAGUUAGCUCCUUUCCCAGGUGCUGGCAAACAGCUUCCCGAGAACCUGCUGUUCCAGCUGCUGUCUUAGGCCAUUCUGCCAGAGGGCAGAGAGGUCUCCAGCCGAGCGCUGCAGAGGGACUGUGGCCUUGAGGCAAGAGGACAUCUGAGCAGUGCUUACUCCUUUGCCUUCCCAGCAGAAAUCUGCUUAGUGGGGGAAUAACAUGGUCCUUAAUAAGGAACUCCUACUGUUUCCAAUUAAACAAAAAUUGCUGCCUAUAAAUCACUUGAUCCCUGAGCUCUGUUCCUCAAUUUCACUCUCCCUGUUACUGAGCCUCCAUCUGCUUUUAACAGUUCUUGCUACUCAUAUGUCUUUUAAUGCUGUAUCCCUCCAGAAUGGGUUUCUAAUUAAGUAAGCUCUGAAAAUGAAAAGCAGAGGAACAGCAGCCUUCUUGCUCUCUGUACCCUUAAUCUGGGAGUCCUCUAUGUGCUAUUUUGGAAGCUAAAUUGAGGUCGCUGACUUUAUGCAUAUUUGUUGUCUGAUGCAGGCUUAAAAGCCCCAAAUCCUCUAUUUAAAAUUAUCUUUAGGCACAUGGGUCAAAUAUUUGCAGGAAGAAAAAUAAGUAUUUGUAGCUUUAGCAGAUUUAGAGACGGAGGGGAGGAGAGAGAAAGGGGCCCCAAUCCCAGCCCAGUGCUGCUGUUGCGAUGUGGUUUCACUGACCACUGAAAAUAUCAGUGUUGCUGGUGUUAACAAAAUAAACAUUUCCAAUGACACGUGAUAAGGAAAACGGGAGCUUUGCUGAACACAAAUUCCCUGGAGAGGUUGCAGCCCCGCUUUGGUUACAAAUGGUGCAGUGACCAGUUACUGCCUCUUGUCAAAAUACAUUCUGCUGAAAUUGCACAGAAGAAGCUGUUGAGCUUCUCAUCAGUAAAACAAAAAGAACAGGCACUGUCCAUGUGGAAUUAAAUAAUAUCCUGCAUGUGGGCAGUGCCACGGUAAUUACGGAUACAAAUGAGUAUCCCAUUUCAACUGGUGAGUAAAUGCAACAAUCAGAUACCAAAAGAGUAAUUUUUUUAAUAUAUUUUGCUGCACUCUGCCUCAAGGAGAAAUAACACAACUCUAAAAUGUCUCCCAUUUGAAAUCUUAACUCAAAAAUUGUCCAAAAAUCUUGAGAAUAAAGAGUUUACUGUUGGAAAUGUCAGAGAUUGUUGGAGAUACUGAACUGUUUAGUCCUCAGGGUCUAUUUUUACUUAAAUUGUUGAGCCAGGAUAUUCGAAUAAUUUUCCAUUCAUAAGUCACUGCAUCAUUCAGGGAAAGAAAGUCAUCAGGAAAACAAAAUAAGAUAAAUUUAAAAGGAGAUAUAACAGAAACACCAAACUCAAAAAGCUGCCCUUAGAGAAAAAUUCCCAGCGGAAUGGAAAAAACUGAGAUUUAAAAAAGUGACUUAUUUGGAGUCAUAUCAAAUCUUCACAGUGGAAAAACUUCAUCAAAACAAAUACGACCCAAAUCGAUGUUUUUGUUUCAACAAAAGUGUUUUGAUGGUUAUUUUUUCACCAAAAUGUGUAACUGGUUGUAUUUCAUACAUAACUUUCUCAAAACAUUUUUAGCUGAAGAUGAAUUCCUGAGGUGCCCCUUAAAUAGUGCCCUUCCAUUAUUUUUGAGUUGCAGACGUAUUUUUAAAAGCCCAUGUGAGCUGGAAUGAAUCCCAGUGCGGGUGGAAGUGGGCUGGUUCUGCAUCAGAUACGAUGUGAGAGCAGGAGAAGGAUGCUGCGAGGUCACAGGCCAAGCCUGUGGUGUCCCAGGCCACGUGGGGACAGCAGACAGGGGGAAGCACUUUGGACAGCCCGUGCAGCGGGGCCUUCCGAAAGGCCGCUCCGGGGUACAAGGGCAAGGAGCAGCCGUGUUCACAUUCAGGACUUCAAAGGUGGUGCAGGAAGGGGACGGGCUGGACGCGUUUCCCCGCGGUUUCCUUUUCCCUUGGGCUGCCGGAGUGCGGGGCGGGGGUGAGGUGGAAGCGGGGCGUGUGGGCCGCCUGUGUCACCUCCUGUCUCGAAGGGCCCUGGUCACUGGUGCUGGCAGCACAGCACGUUUCCCACGUGAGCGCUUUGUUUUGGUUCUUGGGAGGAACAGGAGUUCAUUAGAUCACUCUGCAAGCAUGCAAGAGUCUGCAGGGGCUUGGUCAGGAGCGUCUAAACCCACAACCUCUGCUCCUGCAAUCCUUUACUGAUCACAGUCACUGCUUUUAGUGCUGUUCACUUGGGAGUUCUAAUAGUAACAGCUAGGUAUGAAUGUAAAUGUAAGUAGUUUUAAUAAUACCAUCUGUUUCCUUUUCUGAGUGUGUUUCCCUUGCUUUAAGCUGAACAACCAUAAUCACUGCCCCCUUCCACGUUCCAAGGAAGGGCUGGCAGCCUUUCCCUGACUGACGACCCUUUUUGGUAAGCGGUUGUAGCCGAGGAUGCCGAGGAGCCCUUUGAAUCAGGAGAGGCCAUGAGCCCACGAGCUGGGCUGGCCACCAGGAGCUCUGCUCACCUGUAACGCCCUGCUCGUGCCCUGGCCCUCGGCUCAGGGCUGUGUUGGUUGGACUCGAGGUGCAGAUGGUGCUGCUUGUCCAGGGCAGUUUUUGUGUAAAGCUGAGGUGAGCAUCAGCUGGCAUUUUUUAACUUGCACUCUUGGGUAAAAAAAGUAGAGGUAGGAGAUGGAAGCACAUGUUCAAGAACUUCUGGCCACGGCCAUCAAGAGUGAGUAACACAUUUGUUUCCUGUCCCCAAGGACCCCACUAAAAACACCUAACGAUGGCUCUGAAUUUCAAAGUUUUAACUCACUGCCUGUCAGUAAAGUACAUGGGAGUGAGAUAUACCUGAAAAGAAAUAGUGUCCAACUGUGGGACACUAAAGCUACAUGGAGGUGACACUCGUGUUGUUUUUGUUGUGGGUUAAGGAGAGGACAGAGGAUCUCUAAGAGGGGAGGUAGUGAGAUAACAGAAGGAAGAAGGUUGUUACAUGUUAAUGAGGACAGUGGUCCAGAUAAUGAUCUGCCCUUCUAAUCAUCAGUCUCAUUCCCCCCCUUGUCUGACUCCAGAAUCCUAACAGCAAGUGUAGGUCACCUUGUUUGGCAGCUAGAGAGCGGAGAAAUUGGGGUAGCAACCCAAGGGGACAGCAAACUGAGUGGGAAGGCCACCUGUGGUGGAGUCUGGUGAAGUGCUGGUUGAGCAGAGAGCUUUUUACUCCUGCACUAACGUGGCAUCUUGUCUUGCCAUCAGCCAGCCAGAUGAGAGAUGAGUGUGGCUAUUGCUGCUGCUGGGAGGGCAGCUUUCCAUUCAUUGCCGUGAACUGUAAUAUCCCUGUAAAGGUACAGAAUAAAUAGAAGGGCCCUGAGGCUUUUCAGCUGGAUUUCUUUAGGCCAGCUGGUUUUAAGCAGGCAGUCUGUUUCUUUAACCUUGUGUGGUAGCUCAGGGGCCAGGGAAUGGAUGGGAUCUGAGGGGCUUGUCGGACACUGAGCAAGGGGAAGAACUGAGAGUGCCCUUGGAGUCAAAAAGAAAACUAAUUUUUACUGAUGCAGUUUAAUCACCCCUCCUUGUCUGCUGUCUGCUCCUUCCCAACUAAUGUCAACCUUCCCAUGAUUAGAUAUCUAUAUAGACUGUCUCUGGAGACAGAGAGGUAGCUCCAGAUUGAUGUCAUUUCUAUUAAACACUCGACUUAGGGGGGAUUAGCCACUGGAGGCGCUUUAGGAGAAUAUUAGACACAAUUGUUAUCUAACAACAUGCUUGUGGUUGCACUGGGUUCAGAUAACGUUCAGUUUCUGAGGGAUUUCAAGUAUUUCUUUUGCUUUUAAACCUAAUUAAGCAAAUCGAGGUUCUGAAGGAAGUUGAGACCCAGGAGACUUUUCCCUGACUUAUGAUACUACACACCUUCUUCUGUACCUGAGGUGCCCAAAAUUCACAAAAGCCAUGUAUGACAGUGAGGUGGGGGAAAUGCAGCAGCUCAUCUCUGCCUUGGACACUCCUGUGUUUUUAAGCAGUGCAGGUAUUUAGCCAUGAACUGUGACCCCAAACACAACUGGACCAUGAAGGAGGACCUUUAGCCUAGAAUUUAAUCUUUGGUUUUGCAGUGUGGCCUGCGUGAGUGCCGUGCUGCCGACACUCCAGCCAGUGUGGAUAUGAUGUCUGGGGACUGAGGAGCUCCCUGGGCAGCAGCAGUUAAAUCCUGGGGCUGUGGUGAGCAGGGCAGAGAGGGAGGAUCAGCAUAAUUUUUCAGUUUUCUCCACCAGCCACCCUAUGGCAGUGUUCGUCUGAUGAUGCCUGUACUUGUGGAAGUGUUUGCAAAGUGGAGACAAAAGGAGGAUCCCUUCAGAAAAUUGGUAUCUAGGCAUAAAGCCAGAAAACAAAGGGGUUCAGGAAAAGAAGAAGGGUGUUAUGAUAAUGAUUAACUGCCACAGUGACAACUAUGUAUUUCUAGUUGAUAGAUAUAUGUAUUUUAGAGGCAGGGUGUGUUUUAAUGGAACCGUUUGUGCCUCAGACUUGGGUUUUAUCCUAGGUGGAAAACCGAGGCCAGGACAUCAGGAAAAUGACCAGAAAGAAGGCAGAAAAAGAGCUUUAGCAGGGAAACUAAAAGGAAAAAGAACAGAUCUUAGAUCUUGAGGAAGAAAAGCUGCAGAAUUUGUCUAAUUAAGGAAUGUAGAACUAGACCGGGUGAGCUAAGGACAUUGAUUUGCACAUCAGGAGAAAGGAGAAGAGGCCUCACAAAAAUAAAGUCAGAGAUGCAGGAUGAAAACCAGGACAGAAGCAUGGGGAAUGGGAUUGGAAGGGCUCAGAGGGAGGGGUAGUGGUAGAGUCACAUGGUGUAUGUGGACAGGUCAAGGAUGGUAAGACUAGGAUAGGCCAUGAUGUUCAAGUGAAAAUUUGCAUUGCCUAUGGAGAGCUGUUGCAGUGGGGUGAAGGAGACCUGAAACUGUACAGGAUAGACGCAGGCCUAGAGCUGAAGGAUCAGAAUUCCUAGCACCUUUAUCCUGGAAAUCCUGGGAAAAUACAUAGCUGAAAACACAAUUGCCUAAGAAACUAUUGCAAAACUGCUGCAGCUACAGUUAGCAGAACCUGACUCCCUCUUUUUAAGAAGGUGGGUAGAUGGAUGGAUGGACGGACAGAUGGAGCGAGUCUGGCUUUGGAACUCACCCCUUUUGCUUCCUGCUGUGCUCAUAUUGGUCAUGAUGAAAAAAUUGGCUUUGUCUUCAGUUGAAACUUUGAUACACAUUAAUGUUUUUUAAAUAAUGGAUCAUGCAGAUCCUAAUACGGGCACUAAAAACAAAGGCUGUACUAAUAAAUACUGGGAAAGGACCCACUGCUUCCUGAAGACUGAUAGCCAGAUUUCUUUCUGCAUGCCUUUUGCAUCCUGUUGAUGAUAUGACACGUUUUCCCCAGUAAUGUCCAAGACACAUUCUGCAUUAAUCUGAUAAUGUAACUUUCCAUGAUCUGGCCCUAAGAAAUGUAAUUUAACGUGUUUUCCCUCCCUCUCUGUCUCCCUUUGACAACUGACUUUCUCAUAAUGGUUUCUCCAACCCAAGAAAUCUGGCAAAAGCUGUUUUAUUGUUCUCAGAGCAACGUUUGUGGUGUGUUUGAUGUGUGAUUACCUGAAGCUCAAUGAAGGCCUUGCUCUUUCAAAGGCUUAUCUGUGAUCCAUACUACACCUGAAUGGGGUCUUGUCAAAGCCAGUGGGAGUAUGGACACCAGUACGGUUAAAUCCACAUGUGUUUGAAGGAUUUGGGGACCCAAGGACGGUACCCAAAACCAGCCCUGUGACUGCACGUUCCUCCAGCUUUGCAAUGACUGCAUGGAAAUUAAUAGGCACUUUGGAUGCGUGGUGCUAAUACGGGAAAGAAGGGAAUACGUUCUUGAAUUGUGCAGCAAUGCCUUGUUUAUUCCCCUCCUGCCUGGUGUGGUACUUUCCCCAUCCUGUAGCACUGCUCACAUCAGAUACACCUGAAGACAGCUUGUCUCUUUUAUUGUAGUUGCAGGUGGAACUCGAUCAGG